AAACGCACUGAGUUGGAAACAGACGACAAUUACUGAGAUAAAGUUAUCACUUACAGCCAUUGAUGAGAAGCAAUAUGAAAGGUGUUGUAGUUUUUGUCGCCCUUUUGGCUUGCUCGUUUCUCGAGCUAACGACGAGUAGAGAGGUUGGCCAUUACAAAGGAGGAUCUAUAACGUGGAAAGCAGACGAUGAUAAUCCAAAUCAUAUCCAAAUUUUCGUCCGCAUGAACUUCAGACACGAGUACUCGAAUGGUUACCUGCACGAGGCAUGCACCAACGAGGCCAUCGAAGAACGAACGGAACUGAGUACAGAGGGUGCAUUCCGUGUCGAUGGUGAGAGAAUCAGCUGGGCCAAGUACAUCUGCACUGACUACGAUGAAGCUAUGGACUGGUCUGCAGGCUACUAUCUCUUAUCUUACAACAUGGCGCCGGGACAAACUAUGGCUGAAUUCAAUUUUCAGGAAUGUUGCUGGCCGACUAACGUAGCGAACAACGGCAACGAUCAGGGUAGCGGCAGGGGCUGGAACAUGGUUUCCACCAUAGAUAUAACACCGCGCCCAGAUACCGGACGACCAAACAGCCCUCCAGUAUCAGGAAGUUUCCCCGUGUACAGAAUGUACAGGGGAUGUAAAUACUCCCGCUACAUUAAAGCUUGGGAUGCCGAUGGCGAUGACAUUCGCUGCCGAUGGACCGACGCCGCAAGGAACGAAUGCAACGCCGAUGAUGGGGACGUCUGUGGGGAACUGUUUGUUGACUCAAAACGUAGGAAGAGUGGUGCUUUACUCGAAGAGGACACAUGCAAAAUCACAUUCAACAAACGCAACCCAGCCGGUACGUACGCCGUGGCAGUCAUGAUAGAGGACUACGCUCCAUCUGAUCCUACCACACCGUUGAGCAAGAUCCCUGUCCAGUUUCUCAUUGAAGUAGUCGACCGUGAUGGCAAAUGCCGUAAGCCGGAACUUCUUGGCGAGGAUGGGACGUGUAUCACCAUCCCAACCGGUAGAGAGUACGUUAUGCCCAUCAAGGCUCGCAGCUCGGAACCAGGAGCAUUCAUAACCUCUUUCGAAACCAUCAAGCCCUCUGGUGUCCACGCCUCGCCAAUCAGCAAAGUGGAGGGAACCGAUGACGAAUAUUCAGUGACUCUUUCCUGGACACCAACCAGCGACCAGAUCGGUCGUCACGUGAUCUGUUACGAAGCAGAGGAGGGCUAUAAAUAUUCCAGUGAUAUGGCUUGCUUCUAUGUCAACGUUGUGGAUGCCUCCAACUAUACUCCUCAGUUGGCUGUUCUGCCAUCAGAGUCAUCCCCGUCCCCAGGGGCAACACUUCGAGGCGAUUCCAUUCAAGUCACCUACACUGGACAGAUCCAGAAGUCAUCCCAAUCAGCUUUAAUCUCCAUCCUGGACGCCAGCAACACCCCCGUAUUCCAAAUCGCUUCUUCCUCCGAUGGAGUCCUCGUAAGUGGAACGACACUGUCUUUCAACUUGCCUCACGAUGUUCCAUUGCAACGAGGGGAUGUUUAUAAAAUCCGUGUAGAUGAGGGAGCAGUGAGAAGCGCUGGUGAUUGCGAAGCAGCGCCCUCUGCGGCAGAAUGGGAUUUCAUUUUUGAAUCUUUCUGUGACGGAGACUACCGACCUUUGGCUGUGGUUCUAGAGGAUUCGGUACCAGCUAUCGGAGCGGAGAUGAAGGGCAAUGUCGUCAGCGUGACGUACAACAAAAAGAUCCAAAAACCAGCAGACAGUGCAUUUGUCACCAUCUUCAACAGCGCUAACUCCCCCGUCUUUAGAGUCGACACGUCCACACCUGACGUCACCAUCGACAGCAGAACACUGAGUUUCGAGCUUCCGUUGACUCUUCCACUAGAGUUUCAGGGUACAUACAGGAUCAGAGUGGAUGAAGGUGCCGCUGUGAGUGCCAGAGACUGUGACCUAGGGUUAGCUCCAAUGAUUGAGUGGGAUUUCGUGUUUGUGACGUUCUGUACCGAGGAUGAGGAGUAUGAACCACUGACCGUCCUGCCGACAGAAUCACUCCCUUCACCCGGGGAAGACUUUGCUGGACAGACCAUCAUGAUCCGAUACAACAAACAGAUCCAACAACCAGCUGACACGGCCUACAUCACACUUUAUGACGAGUUUAACAUCCCCUUUCUCCAAGUCGACGCGUCUACUCCAGAAGUUUCAGUUAGCGGAAACACGCUGAGCUUUUCCCUUUCAACGAGUCUUCCAUUUCAAUUUGGGGGUGGUUAUAAGAUCCGAGUUGAUGAAGGGGCCGUGAUGAGUGCCCAAGACUGUGACUUAGUAGUGCCCCCUAUGGCCGAGUGGGAGUUUGGUUUUAUCACUUUCUGUGACUUUGAUGGGGAGUUUGAGCCCCUUGAUGUUCUGCCGAUGGAGUCAACUCCUGCACCUGGAGAAAGUCUAAGUGGACGAGUUCUGACAAUCAGUUACAAUAAAGAGAUCAAGAAGCCAUUGAGACCAGCCUACAUCUCUCUCCGUGAUACCUUCGACUCUCUACUCUACCAAGUUGACGUCACCUCACCGUACGUCACCAUCGUUGGUGGUAGCUCACUCAGCUUCACCUUACCGUUGACUCUACCUCUUCAGUUUGAAGACACCUAUAAGAUCCGUGUAGACGAGUGGGCAGUGGUCAGUGCUCAGGACUGCGACCUGUCCAGACCUGAGACGGCUGAAUGGCGAUUCACCUUCCUAACAUUCUGCCAAGAUGGCGGCGAUGGUUUCGAACCACUCGUCGUCGUGCCGUUGGACUCACUGCCUCAACCCGGUGGAAACAUCUCUGGGCAUGAAAUAAGAAUUCAGUACAGCAAACCGAUCCAGAAGGCUACGUCAUCUGCCUACGUCACAAUCUUGAACUCUGACGAGACAGAUUUAUACCGGGUAGACACCUCAUCCCCUGACGUCACAGUCGACGGCAGUUCUAUGUUGUUUUCUCUACCUGUCGCUGCUGCCAUAUUUUACGGAGCUGACUACAGAAUUCAAGUUGACGAGGGUGCGGUAAAAAGCGCACAGGAGUGCGAUUUGGCGCAACCUGCCGGAGAAGAUUGGGGCUUCAAGUGGACCGGUCGCCGAUUGCCAGGAAAUCUAGAUGACAAAGAUCUUGACAAAGUGACACCAACUGGUAACGCAGAUUGCAGGGAGAACUUCAUGCAGACCUUCGUGUCGAAACGUCUGGUAGGCGACAUUGAUCCAAAAACCAUGUACCUGAACGAUCGAAGUUGCACAGGACGCGACUUCAACAAGACUCACUACGUCAUCGGGACGUCAUAUGACGCUUGCAAGACGACAUCUGAGGCUACAAGGAGUGGAGGUUUCUUGGAUUUUGAAAACGUUGUGUACAUCCCACCCAAGCCUUACACACCAGGCAGCGAGAUUACACGAAAUCACUUCAUAGAGAUCCACCUGUCCUGCCGAGUCGCUGCUGACAAAGUGGGCUACUUGUCCUUUGACCCCAACGUCACCACCAUUGUCUACUACGAGAAAGGCUAUGGUAACUUCAAUUUCUCCCUAAGGAUGUACGAAGACGAGAGCUACUCAAAGGCUUACAACUUGAAGGAGUUCCCCGUUGGAGUUCAGUUGAAACAACGCAUGCACUUCGAGGGGCGUGUCACCUGUGACGGCAACUGUGACCUCAUGAUUGACAGCUGCUGGGCCACACCCACCACCAAUCCAUUUGACGCUAUCAGGUUCCCGUUUAUUACCAAUGGGUGUCCCAUUGAUGACACAGUGAGACUCUUGACUCCACCUUCAAGGAAAAAGGAGCGGUUUGCCAUCGACUCAUUUGCAUUCUUAGGCGACAACAUCCACGGAUUGGUUUACGUGCACUGUGACAUGAGAAUCUGUGACGCCAGUGACCCCAACUCAAAGUGUGCGAUGGGAUGCGACGCAGGCAGCCAAACGCCUUCUCCAGAUGACGUACUCCCACCAAAUAGACCAAUCAGAGGGGACACCCCGCUCAGCGGGAUCAGAUCUAGACUGGUGCGCAAACGUGACGUCAGCCAAGUUGGAUCCUCUUCAGAUGCUUAUUCAAGUACCGGAGGACUGCUUCGAAUGGUGAAUGACCAAACCGAUGUCAAUGUACAUGGUAGAGGAAGCCCGAUAGACGUGGAUGCAGACGUUAUAGAGGUCACCAUGUUAGGAAUCAUCAUGCUCCUGUUGGUUAUGCUAGUCGUCAUGCAAUGUAGCCGCACACAUUCAACGGCUGGAAAAGAGGUCAAAGAGUUUGUUAAUGGCGUUUGAAACGAAAAUGUUUGAGUAUUUUGAUCCUGCAGUUAAAUGAUUUAAAAAUCAUAACGAGUUAAGUUUUCAUUUUUUACAAUUGUUUGAUAAAAAGUUGUAAGCAGGCCAAUUCUGUCAAUAUAAUGAAUAUCCAGCAAUUUUAUUUAUGUUGGUGCAAUGUAAUUUUAAUGUGUAAUUCCAAAGGGUAAUGAUUCAUAUUAACUACACUGCCUUCUGAAUUAUAAUGAAUGUUGGUAUCAAAUGUGUGUGUUUUUAAUUAUUUAAGAUUACAGUACUUAUUGCACUGCCAAACUUAAACAAUAUUUUGUCAUUAUAAGUCUCUGUAUUUUAAACUCAACUCAGCCUUUGGCUGUGAUGAUUGAAUGUGUUUAAUAAACCAAUGAUACUAAUUUUAUAACCCUGUUUUUAAUAACAGUACAGACAAUACAAUACAUUGUUUGUUUUACCCGUACACCAAUGUGUAUUAAUUACUGUAAACUCUGUACUUAGUAUGCAGUGCUAAAUACACAGCAGUGUGAGGAUAAAACAAAAAUAUUCUUUCUCCCCGAUGCAAAAUUAACAUAUUAUAUCAACAAAUAUUAUAGUUAAAACUAUAAUAAUUAUUCGCACUACUAUCAUACUAAGCUGCAAUUUAUAACAAACGAUGUUAAAAUCCGUAAUUUUAAAUGCAAUUUCCCUCAAAGCAGUAUUCACAUUGUUUGAUAUUUAUGUUUACUUAUGAUGCAAUCUUUAUUGUUUUCCAAAGGGUAGUUAAAUUUUUAAAAUUAGCAUAAUACAUCGUGCAAUUAUUUGACAACAAUGUUAAUUUGA